UCCUAACUCGCUCCAUGUUAGACUGAAGUGUGUGAAAGUACUGGUGAAGGACUCGCGUGUGUUCAGAUAUUUCAGCGCGUUAAUGGACUAACCGAGACAUAAACGAGACGAGCGGCAGAGAGGCUGUGCAUAUAGCAUGAUAAGUUGAGAUCUCCUCACACCAGAUGAGGGACGAUGUUGGCCAUGGAUCAAGGCGUAGUGGAGGAGUGGCUGUCUGAGUAUAAGACUCUUCCAGAGACGGCCGUCUCCAGCUAUGCCGCCUCUCUGAAGGACAAGGGCUCUCUGGUUCCAGCGCUUUACAAAGUUAUUCGGGAAAAUUACAGUGAUCUGCUGGAGCCGGUGUGUCAUCAGUUGUUCGAGUUUUACCGCAGCGGCGAGCCGCGUCUUCAGCGCUUUACUCUGCAGUUCUUGCCGGAGCUGGUGUGGAGUUACCUGUCCGUCACGGCCUGCCGAGACCCGCACUGCAGCGGCUGCAUCGAGGCUCUUCUGCUCGGCAUAUACAACCUGGAAAUCGUUGAUAAAGACGGGCAGAGUAAAGUGCUGUCGUUCACCAUCCCUUCCUUAUCCAAGCCAUCAGUUUACCACGAGCCGUCCUCGUUUGGCUCUCUGGCCUUGACGGAAGGAGCCUUAGCCAAUCACGGCUUGAGUCGAGUGGUUUACAGCGGCCCGCACCUGCAGCGAGAGACCUUUACAGCACAGAACAGGUUUGAAGUCCUGACGUUUCUGCUGCUGUGUUAUAAUGCGGCUCUGAGCUACAUGACCAGCUCGUCCCUGCAGUCUCUGUGUCAGCUCAGCUCCAGAGUUUCUAUCUGUGGUUAUCCAAGGCAACAGUUGCGGCGGUAUAAAGGCAUCAGCGCGCGGCUGAUGGUCACGUCAGAGUUCCUGGUGCAGCUCAUCACGGGGAUUCAUUUUGCACUGUGUAACGGUGAAGUGGACCUGGGCUCCAAGGCUCUGGAUGAUGUGCUGUACCGGUCUCAGCUGGAGCUCUUCCCAGAAGCCCUGCUGGUGGGAAACGCCAUCAAAUCGUCUCUUCACGGCGCUACUCUGAAGUCUAAUAAAGAGGGCACUCGGUCCAUCCAGGUGGAGAUCACUCCCACCGCCUCCCGGAUCUCCAGGAACGCCGUCACCAGCCUGUCUAUCCGAGGCCAUCGCUGGAAACGCCACGACGCAGUGGAUCUGGGUUCCCCGGACGAGCUGACGGAGAUCGCGGAGGUGGACGAGGGAAUCUGCACACAGGUGUCCGGAGCUCAGGGUCAGGCCAGCCCCCCCACCAUCGUCAUCAGCAACAGCGGGGGCGGAGCCAAGCCGACGGGAAAGGGUUUGCGUCGCCUGACGGGCAGAUCCAGCAAAGACAAGGAGAAAGAGAAGGACAUGGAUCAGCUCACGCGCAAGCAGGCGGCCGUCCGCGCCAUGAGCGAGAACCUGGAGCUCCUGUCACUCAAACGCCUGACGCUGACGGCCAGCCAAUCGGUGCCCAAGAGCGGCUCGCUCAGCCUGUCGCGCACCGCCAGCGCCGUCUUCUCGCGCUCGUUCGAGCAGGUCAGCAACGUGUUCUCCGGCGGGAACCAGUCGUCGAGCCGCGCGUCCAGCCCCACGGCCAAUCACGCUCCUGACGGGGGCCUGCCGGACGAGGGCGUGGCCUAUUCCGAGCACUUAAGCCCCGCCCACCAGCAUCGGCAGCGCUCGCCCACCAUCAGUAUCCACGUGACCUCUGACCUGUGACCUUCUGACUACAGUAAUGCGACUCUAACACACACAGGCACAAAACUGCACCUUACAGGAAAGUCGGUCUGUUUCUAGU